ACCUGUUCAUCAAUGACGCCAUGGGUAGCGGUAUCAGCCCAUCUUCGGUUCAGGCCGCCGACCUGACAGUGAGGGCGAGGCGACUUCAUCGAUCGCCGUGUACUGUCGCAUUCUGUUCCUUGGCGUCCACGAGCGGAAGACAGCCUUUCUCCGGGAAGCGACGCGUGCAGGUUUGAACUUAAAUACCCGGUGCACGACGCUCUACAUCUUUCUCCCUCUCUAUCUCUCCUGCAAGGCUCGCACCGAUUAUGCCCACAACAAGCAGCACCUCUCCAUCACACCGCGUCCUCCUCGUGCUCGACGCCCAGCACGGCUUCCUCUCCGACCCGCCCGUCGGCGUCCCCUCCGCACGCGCCCUACGAGCAAACAUCGCGAUCGUCCUAGCCCGCGCGCGCGCGUCGGCGGAGCCGCCGCUGAUCGUGCACGUGCGCAACACGGGCGACUUCGGGGAGCUGGACGAGCCGCACACGGCGGGGUGGGAGCUCGAGCACACGCCGCUCGCGCGCGAGCACGUCAUCGACAAGAAGAAGAACAACGCGUUCACGGGCACGCGGCUCGAUGCGCUCAUCGCGAAGGAUGCGGAGAUCGUGAUCGUGGGCACGCAGAGUGAUUUCUCCGUCCGGGCCA